AUUUGUAAAAUGGAUGUGGGAGUGUGUAUAGUAGUAAUGUGUUGUGCGUAAUGCAUGAGUUGGCAAGGAGUGUUGCAUCUGUGUAUCCUCGUAUGAGUAUAGUUUGCAUCAUCUUUAAAUUUUUGAUUAUUAUAAUUUUCCAUUUUCGAAUAUUUUUGGGAAUUUCUUGUCUAUAUUUCGAGAAUUCCGCGAUUGUUAGAAGCAUUUCAUACCAUACAUACCAUAAGAAAACCUUGUUUUGGGAAGUCAGAAGUCCUUGCAUAAGAUUUUAUUAGAUAUUGGAAGGCGAAAAUGACCUCAAGCUUUAGCCAAAAUUCUCGUCUAAAGCACUUAUGGUAUACAAUUAUCUGCAUUGGAAGCCUUUUAUACAUCUUUUCUUGCUGCGCCGUAUCCGGAGAGAAUGCUGCACCUUCACAACCGGGGUUAAUUUCCACUUGUCGUCGGGAUCACGAAAACACAAUCGGCAUCCACAGAGCAGCUAUUGCCAAAAUCAAUGAUUAUCUCGAAAAAGACAAUCCUGAUUCCGAUCCGACCAUCAAACCAGGAGCUUUAUUACGACAAAUUUCCGACAUUAUUUGGCCCGCGGCUAACAAACAGGAAUGGUACUGCAUAGAUAAAAGAAUAAAUGGUAUAGUGGGAGAGGAAGUUCAGCGGAAUUGUACGGACAUUCUCGAAGGAUUCCGUAAUCAAAUUGGAGUUGUCCUGAGACUAGCGGAUCAACCACAUCCUUUGCCGACAAGCCUUGGCCGCGCCUUGCAGGAACUGCACGUAAAUAUUUCUUUUUUCCAUCACACCUUUCUAAAGGUAUUGGAUGUUGAGGCUGGAUCAUUGUUUCUUCGUGAGUUUUCUCUACUGCUAAUGGGAUCUUCGGCCGAAUAUAUCCGAUACUGCAAAAGUUCGAAUCUACAAAACGAAUUGGAGCGACAUCAACAAAGAAGUCUUCCUCCAACCGCAUAUAUCAUGGCUAAAUACUCUUACUUCUUUCUGCGGUUUAUGCCAAAAAAGAUGUCAGAUUAUUUGUCUUUUUCCAUGCAAGCCUCUCGCAAUAUCAAGCUCAGCAUUGUGAACAGAUUAGACGAUCAAGUUUUAAAGGAAUACAUUGAGCCUUCUUCUCAUUAUGAUUUGGAUACAAAUGAAGGAAAAACCUUUGCCUUCGGGCUAUUAAAAGUCGCCCGGAUAACUAUGAAAAAGCGACUAGAAAAAUACUGGAAUGAGCGCCUGAAUGACUAUCGUUAUUUACUGUUUCGCCGGUACUGCACCGCACCAGCGUGCCACACAGAACGCGAACAAUAUGAUGAGUUUGUCGUGACCUCUGGUCAACCAGUUACCUUGGGUUAUUUGAGCGGCACAGCCGAAAACGGGAAGCUUUGCAGUAGUGACCUUUGUUCAUCCAUGUGGUUAAGCACCGCGGGCUAUAAGGAUUACGUUUACUACCGCGGCACAUGCAUGGAUGCAGCGCAUCCUCUGGAAACCACGGAUCCGCAAGCUUGCGACACCGAGUACUGGAAACUCUGCACCGACUUCGGACGCUGCAACAGUGGCCAAAAGCAUGUGCUUAAGGAUAGCGCUUUUCCUAUCGUUAUUUUGUCUAACACGUCCGGAUUAUGUGUUGAUUGUACUGACACCGAACAGUGGUGCCGACAGAACCGUUGUCCUUCGUCGGCACUCUUUCCUGGUUAUCCCAGUCGGCCGGUGGGGGAUAUCGACAACUGCCUUAAAGGAUCACACCACUGCGAAGGACCUCAGUUUCAACUUCAUAUACUGGGGAAAAGCAAAGGCAGUGCGUUGGAGAUUUUGGACGAAGCGCUGUUCAGCUAUGGCGGUCCGGUCGAUAAAUAUUACCGGUUUUUGCGAGCAGAAAUCUUUUCUGGCUCAGUCUUUCGUACACAACAUUACGCGAAGGUCACCCAAAAGCACCAGUUCAUCAAUAAUACUGUUGGUUUCGAGAAGGUGGUGUGCCCUUUGGAUAAAGAGUGGUCAACAAUGGAAAUCGCAGAGCAGGUGAUUUGCGCGCAGUCGUUGUACACUGUCAUGCGACCAAUUGAUGCCGAAAGAAUUCUACAUGGUGACCCAUCUUAAUAAUAUUGGUACUUUUGUCAGAAAUUUUAUUGUUUUUUAUGUAGCAUAUGGAAGCUGGAAAACAAAUCGAACUGAUUUAAGAAACCAAGGAGUAAUAAUUUUAGCGUUUAUUGUAAUAGAUAGAUCUAGAAGCACUUAGGUUGAACACUGUGCAUUGCGAAACAAACUGUUGGUUAUUUUUUAAAUUUGUCCUAAAUGUUAUAAUAUACGAGUAUGUCUUAACCAAAUCAAACCGUGCUCAUGCGCAGGGCGUCAUAUUAUGCGUCAUAAGGUUGGAAUUGAAUACAUGUUUGACAUAAAUAAACACAAAACAUGUUCAGUAAAAUUAUACCGGCCAACACCACU